AUGCCGCCGAAGCUGCAGUUCAGCGACAUCUGGCUGCCAUGCCUUCUCCUCCUCGUCUUCUGGGCCCGCCCAACACAAGCCUUCGGUGCUGGCAACAUCGCAAGCAUGAGUGCUGUUGAAGGGCAGAACUGGCGCCAUGGAGAUAUUGAAGACACUCUACUCACCCUGCUCAUCUCGAGUCGUACGGGUAAGAAGUUCAGUAAGAUGGACGUAAAGCGAGUCUACUUCGGAAACUGGCUUCGAGAUUAUUCACAAGCUGUUGAUGUGGGUACUGUCAAGAUGGUGUCUGCUGAGGCUAUCCGCAUUCUGCUCUGGGUGCUGGGCUUCUUGAGCUUCGGCUAUGGCACCAAGGAGUUCGAGGUCACCAGAGACAGGCUGGGCUGUUACCGCCCUGAGGAACACAUUGACAACCCCAAAGACUACGCCGACAAUCUCGAUGCCCGCGACUACGACCGCCGCCUGCGAGGACCUGUCGACGAGCGCCGCGAGCUGAGCGUCGACGAACGCACCGGUCUCAAGAACUACAUUGCGUCUGAGGAUCUGGGUAUCACUACGUCGGCCGGUAUGGUCCGCGAUCUGCUCAGGCGCUGCAUUGACCUCGGUCGUCGCUCUGGUGGACGUGGCCCCGACUUCUACGAGGCUCUUCGUCUGCUCGGCACGGCGACUCAUUGCUUGGAAGACUACUCUGCGCACUCGAACUACACAGAACUUGCUUUGAUCGAGAUGGGAGAGCGGGACAUCUUCCCUCACGUCGGACGCAACACUCUUGUUCAAGUCCAUGAAGCUCGCAAAGAAGUUUAUCCAAUCGUCACCGGCACCUUUGGUGGCGUUGACUUUUUGCACUCGGUGUGCGGUGAGAUCAGCGACAAGACCACCCAGUCUGAGCUUCAAGAGCUUGAAGGUGCUAUCACAAACGCCGACAGGACGAAGAACAAGAGCAAAAUCAAGGACCUGCUCAGCCAACUUCCUGACGGCAUCUUCGGUGGCAAGGACCAGUCUGGCAAAGCAGAUGAGCUUGAGCAGAACGCCAACGCUGCUGCUAUGGGAAACUUGCAUGUCACGCCCAAGGAGCCCGAGGCUUUCACUGAGCAGGUUGGUGAGAUGGUGAAGCAGAUCUACCCGAUCAUGGAGUUCCAUGACGAGAUCAUGCAGGCUAUUAAUGAGUUUGUUGAGCAGAUUCCUGUACUGCCCGAGCUCAUUGAGCAAGUCCAGGAUCAAGUAUCCAUCUUCGUCUUCAGCCUGCUCGCUCCCUACGUGCUUCCCAUCUUGAGCCAGGUCAAGACUGAGCUCGAGGAAGGUUCGUCCGAGGUCAUUGCAAGCUCUCGCGAGAAGCAGCACAUCGUCUUCAAUGACGACGACUCCAGUGAUCCAACUCACUCCAUGUUGUCCAAAGACCACUUCUCCAACUUGCUGAACGAGCCUGCAGGCAAGGUUGCCUCUGCAGUCCUCACCUGGGCAGUACCACAAGUUGUCGAGUGCUGGGACGGCCAAGCUGAUCCAGAGGAGACGAUUAGCCGCAUCAUUGACGGUGUUUUCCACCACCCUGCUUGCCUGCGCGGAAACGUUCGUGGGUCCGACCAGUGCCGCAACAUUAUGUACGGCACUGUGAAGAGCUGGUGGGACAGCAACUCUGAGCGCGGCAAAGAUGAUCUGCGUGAAAAGCUGAGCCGCCGUGGCGUGCAGAACGGAGACAACCACAAGCCCGGCGUUGAAGACAAGGGUCACGGAUGUGGCAAGCCCCUGGGCAUGGCCAACGACUUUGGCAAUGCCAAGAGCGGCAAAGGGUCUAACCAGGUGCCCAUCCAGCAAGCCACUGAUCACGUUGCUAAGCUUGCCAGUGAAGCUGCUGGUGGUGGCGCUCUGGGUGGUCUUGUUGGUGGUCUUGUCUCUGGUGUCGGCGGCUCCCUCCUUGGUGAUGCUUUUGGCGGUGGAGAAAAGAAGAGCAGCAGCAACCAGAACUAUGGUCAGGAUGGUUCCUACACUCAGUCAUACUCCGAGUCUGGACACCACCAGAAGGCGUCGUAUGGCGACACCGAGCGUUAUGGCCAAGCUCAAUACCAGGAAACCCAGUACCCUAGUGGCGGGCGCCGUGAGGAGUACUCUCGCCAGGAACAGGACCAGCAGGGUGGUUCAUACAGCUACCAGCAGAAGGUCGAAACCUCAAGCUACAGCGGUGGCGGCUACGAACGCCGCGAGGAGCGUCAUGUUCAGAGUGGCAAUGAGUGGCAGUCUGAGGAGCGCCGUGAAGGCUUUGAUCGCCAAGGAGAGUACUACAACGAGGAGAAGGAGCGACGUAGUAAGUCCCACAAAUCCAAGAAAGACGAUUCCGAUGACGACGAUUCUGGCGACGAAGACUCGUACGAGAAACGCCAGAAGAAGGAACGCAAGAGGCAAGAGAAGGAAGAGAAGAAGAGAAACAAGCAGAAGUUCGGUAGUGGGGAUGAAGACUCGGAUGACGAUGCUGACAAGCGUCGUUCAGGUUCCGGCGAGCGCAGGCGACGCUCACGAUCUCGUGAGCAGGAGCAUAGGCGCAAGAAGAGCAAGAGCCCGUCCCCCAAGCGUCACUCUGGCGGCUAUGGACAGUCUCACGAUGCCGGCGGCUAUGGACAGGAGCGCCGAUAUGGUGAAGAGAACCAGGGCGAUUACGGUGGACGUCCAGGAAGUUCUGGUUAUGGUCGUCAAGAAGCCUCUGGAUACGGUCGUCAGCAAGAGAGCUCCGGCUAUGGCCGCCAGGAAGAGCCUAGCUACGGAGGUAGCUACGGCCGCCAGCAAGAAAGCUCGGGUUACGGCCGUGAAGAGCCCUCAGGUUACGGUGGACGUCGCCAAGGUGGUGAAGAGUCUUUCGGCGACGACAGGAUGCCUGGAGGUUUUGGUAGCGACGAUGAACCCCGCCAGAGAGGCUUCGGCGAAGAGAACUACGGCCGCCGCCGCGACGAUGACGAGUUUGGCAACCGUAGGCAAGAGGGAGGUGGCUACGGUGGUGGUUCAGGAGAACAGGAGGAGAGCUAUGGCCGCCGAUACUAG